AUGGCCACCACUAGUGUUCUCACCUUUGACGCUGAGGGUCGGGCGGUUGACUUUGAGGUUUGGGUAGAUGAUCUGCAGCUUUUCCUACAAUGCGAUAGGGCAGACAGUCUCUCCCUGUUUUACCUCACUUCUGGUGCCUCUCCUGCCCCUGCUGUGGAUGCUGACGCCACUGCCCUCCUAGCAGCAGAGAAGAGCAUAGUCGCUGUAGGAGCCUCUUGUGGUGACCCUCGCACCCCCGUCUUUGAGGGGUGUUCCCCCUCCCCCCUCUUGCCUUCUGUUGCCUCUGCCGCUGCGGCCGACCUCGUUGGUUUCGAGUCGGUCGGCGCUGCGUCUGCCCAGAGCGGGAGACGCCGCACUGGCAAGGGCAAGGGGGGCAAGGGCGCUGGAGGGGCUGGCGGGGGUGGUGGAGGUGGUGGUGGAGGCAGUGGAGGGGGUGGGGGUGGUGGUGGGAGUGGUGCCAGGGGUGGCGGCGGCGGCAGCAGCAAUGGAGGCGGAGGAGGCGGCGGUGGUGGCGGAGGGAGCGGAGGCGGCGGAGGUGGCGGAGAAGGCGGAGGUGGAGGAGGCGGCGGAGGCAGCGGCGGCGGCGGCGGUGGUGGAGCGGGUCGCGACUCUGCGCAGAGGAGUGGCUCAGGUGGUGGUCCGCGCCAGCAGCAGCGAAGUGGUGUGACCCUGAUCCCUCAGCAGCUUCGUGAGUGGUACACUGCGCGUCAGCGAGGUGGGGGUACUGGUCCCUGCACUUACGUCCUCCGUACCGGCGACCGAGCUAGUGAGCAGUGCGGGGGCCCGAACUCCACCCAGCGCUGCUUCAGUCGCCUGACGGACGCGUGGCGUCGCCAGUUCCCUGAGGCGUCAGAGAUCCCUCGCUGGGGAGAUCUGUCUAGGGCGGAGGUUGCCAUCUUUGAUCUUGACUUUGAUGCUAUCCUCGCUGCCAUGUAUUCUGUGACUACUAGUGUUGAGGGUGACUAUUACCUGUGUGUACCGCCUAACCCGGGCAUUGAGGCCACUGCUCUAGGUGCUGGUGAGGCUGCUGCUCUAGGUGCUAGUGCGUCUGCUACCCCAGGUGCCAGUGCGUCUGCUGCCCCAGGUGCUGGUGAGUCUGCUCUCUCAUGUACUACUCGGCCGGUUGUAGUCUCCCUGGUGGACCCCUCUGGGGGUCUCGUCCUUGCUCGCUUCUCUACUGUCUUACCGUGCCCAGCAGCCCCCACUGGCACCCUGUCAGGUCUCUACCUCCUCUCGUUCUCCACGAACUUGGUGAGUGGAGCGGACCUACAGGAUAGGGGGGUUGACCAGUUCACUCCUGCGAGUCAGCGAGUGACCCACUGCACGUGUGCUCGGACAGGCCGACACUUGGCCACGUUCACCCGUCGGCCAGGGUCGAGUCUGUACACCCUUACUACUGAGUCUCCUCCGGCUGCUGAGUCUGCCAAGGUAGCUGCGUCGAGUCAGCUGUUUGCUGGAGCGUCCAGGCAUGGCCUCCCAUGUCCUUGUCUCUGGUCUCCCUCGGUCUUCCCUCCCCUACCUCCGGGGCCUGGCCCUACCUGCGUCCCCUGCGUCGAAGGGCGACAACGCGCCGCCCCUCACUCCUCCGAGUUUCCUCCGACAGAGGCUCCGCUGCAGACUCUCCACAUGGACGUGUGGGGCCCCGCCCGCGUCAGUGGGCAGGAACGCGAGCGGUACUUCCUGCUGGUGGUUGACGACUACUCGCGUUACACCACAGUCUUCCCCUUGCGCAGCAAGGGUGAUGUCACUGAGGUGUUGAUCGACUGGAUCCGCGCAGCUCGUCUCCAGCUCAGGGAGAGUUUCGGCUCGGACUUUCCUGUUCUGCGUCUGCAUUCGAACAGAGGCGGGGAGUUUUCCUCUGCCCGUCUGGGAGCCUUCUGUCGUGCACAGGGCAUCCGCAAGACCUUCACGCUUCCGGCCUCUCCACAGAAAAAUGGGAUUGCUGAGCGCCGCAUUGGCAUGGUCAUGGACGUCGCUCGUAUGUCCAUGAUGCAUGCGGCUGCCCCCCAUUUUCUGUGGCCGUUUGCGGUUCAAUAUGCCGCGCAUCAGCUCAACCUUCAGCCCAGGGUCUCCUUGCCAGAGACCUCCCCCGCCUUGCGGUGGACCAGGAAGGUUGGCGAUGCGUCUGCGUUUCGGUUUUACCACCCCAUCUCGCGCCGUGUUCUGUGCUCCCAGGACGUCGCCUUUGACGAGUCGGUGCCUUACUACCGUCUCUUCCCCUACCGCACUGCGUCCCUCCCCCCGCCCCCGCUCUUCCUUGCACCAGGUCCUCCCCCGGUAGACCCCCUUCCCCCUCAGGGUCCUGCCCCGUCAGGUGUGUCCCAGGUAGACGCAGUCGAGCCUGUCGAGGUAGCUGUUGACUCUGGUGCUGCUAGAGGUGCUGAGCCUGCGGGUGCCGGGUCUGGGGGUGCUGAGACUGGGGGUGCUGAGCGUGGGGGUGCGGAGUCUGAGGGUGCUGUGUUUGGGGGUGUUGAGCCUGGGGGUGCUGGGUCUGGGGGUGCGGAGCCUGGAGGUGCGGAGCCUGGGGUUGCCGAGCCUGGGGGCGCUGGGUCUGCUCGUGUGGCCGCCGCCGGUGCUUCUUCGAGGCGGGAGCCACUCUCUCCACAGGAGCUGCGCGACUGGUUUGCCCGCCGCUGGAGACGUGCUACUGAGACUGGGGGUGCUGCUGGGGCUACUGGAGUUGGUCUUGCUGGAGCUGCUGACGGUACUAGUGCUGCUGGAGCUGGAGCUGCUGGGGGUGUUGGCGCUGGUGUUUCUACUGGCGCUGGUGCGUCUGGGGGUGCUGCUGAGGCUGCUGGAGCUGACGGUCCUACUGGAGUUGGUGCUGCUGGAGCUGGAGCUGCAAGCGGUGUUGGCGCUGGCAGUGCUGCUGGCGCUAGAGCUUCUGAGGGUGCUGGAGUUGGCGCUGUUGGAGUUGGAGGUGCUGCUGACGCAGGUGCUGCCGUUGGGGGUACUGGUGCCGUCCUUGCUGGUUCUGGAGGCGCUGAGCGACCGAGGCCGUACUUCGUUCCGCUCCUGGAGCAGUCGCAGUCACAGUUACAGCCCGCCUCCCCUCUACCCGCUCCUUCUCCCUUCAGUGGUCCUACUGGGGGUCUUGCUGAGCGUCGUGAGCCUGCGCCUCGUCCUGCGUCGCCUGUUCGUGCUGCUCGCAAUAGUGGUCGCACUUCACGUCCGCGUCCUCCUGCGGUCCCCGGCACACACCAGAUGGCGCUGCGUCCUUCCACUGCUCCUCUGCGUGUCCUGUUGCCGUCUCCUCCAAAGUCCUCUCUUCCUAAUCUUGCUGACCGGGAGUCUGACUCUCUUUGUGCUGCUAGUCCUUCGGUCACGCGCCUCCUUGCUACUGUUGUCACUGACCCUUCCUUUGAGUCCACUGCUGCGUCUGCCCUAGUUGCUGAGCUUGUUGACUUCGCCGCUCGCUGUUGUCUAAACUACGCUGCUAGUCUCGUUGUUGAGUCUGGGUCUGUCUGUCCUCCGUCCGUCGGGGGUGAGUAUGCUCUUAGCACGGACGUCCUUGAGGACAGGCAGGAGGAGUUCCAGUGCUUUGCUGCUGCUUUGCCCCAUCUCGUGUCCACGCUAAUUGCCCCUGAGGGAGACCCGGAUGCACCAGACAUCCCGACUCCUCGAUCGUACGCUCAGGCGAUCGAGGGUCCCUACUCCUCUCAGUGGCAGCUGAAGCGGCCGCCGGGUUCUCCGUCUGUCUUCAAGGCGCGUUACGUGGCUCGAGGCUUCAGUCUGCGUCAGGGAGUUGACUACUUCCAGACCUUCUCUCCCACCCCGAAGAUGACCACUCUUCGGGUGCUGCUGCACAUAGCCGCUCAGCGCGACUACGAGCUUCACUCUCUUGACUUCAGCACAGCUUUCCUGCAGGGCAGCCUGCACGAGGAGAUCUGGUUGCGCUGCCCUCCUGGCUUCACUGGGUCGUUUCCCCCUUCGUACCCAGUGGAGCCUCCGGCGGCCAGUCUACGGUCUCCGCCAGGCACCGCGUGA